AGUAAUUUUCGCCUAUGCAAACCACACAUCACACUCGCGGACUCAAACAAACCCAAAUAGCGCCAAUUUGAGUCUCAACGUCUUGAAAAUGAGACCUCAAAGUGCUGUUUUCUUAGCGGAAUCUCUAUAUAACAGGAUAAAAACACCUGGCAACCUGAUUACCCGCCGCCCACCCCAUGUAAUGCUUAAAAGCUGUGGUAAAGAAUCACGCUAAUACACAAGCACCCCAGUACUUCAGAUAUUCACUGUGUCUAGACUCGCUUCUUCAAAUCAUACACGCACACCUACAUAAGCACCAACAGACACAGGCGUAAACUGUGAGUAUGGCAGGCUCCUCCACCAGGCGGACAGGGAACCAACAGGCUGAUUUAAGUCCCGAAGAGAGAGGCCAAUGGGCAAACAAGAUUGAAUUUCUGCUGACUGUGGCCGGAGCUAUCAUUGGGCUUGGAAAUGUUUGGAGGUUCCCAUAUCUUUGCUAUAAAAAUGGAGGAGGGGCUUUUUUCAUUCCAUAUGUCCUGUACCUGCUCACUUGUGGUAUCCCGCUUUUUGUGCUUGAGACAUCUUUGGGUCAGUACACCAGUCAGGGAGGCAUCACAUGUUGGAGAAAGAUCUGUCCUCUUUUUGAAGGAAUGGGUUAUGCCAGUCAAAUUAUUAUUGUCUAUGGCUCAAUUACCUACAUCAUCAUCAUAGUCUGGGCCUUCCUGUACCUUUUCUCAGCCUUCAGUGUGGAACUGCCCUGGGCCAGCUGCAGCAAUCUGUGGAACACAGAUGCUUGUAUUGUGCUUAGUGGGAAGAAUUCUACUUCAGGGUGGACGUCUCCUCUUAAUGCUUCUACCGCUGUGAUGGAAUUCUGGCGUCACAGAGUUUUGCGGCUCUCCAGCGGUAUACAGCAUUUGGGCACAGUAAGGUGGGACUUGGCUCUUAUUCUGUUACUUGUUUGGAUCCUGAUCUACUUCUGCAUCUGGAAAGGCGUGAAAUCUACUGGGAAGGCAGUCUAUUUCACAGCAACAUUCCCUUACGUUAUGCUCCUGAUACUGCUCCUACGAGGGGUCACUUUACCUGGUGCCAUCAACGGCAUCCACUACUACAUGUACCCAGAUCUGACACGGCUAGCUGAUCCACAGGUAUGGAUGGACGCUGGUACUCAAGUCUUUUACUCUUACGCCAUAUGUCUUGGAUACCUCAGCUCUCUUGGAAGCUAUAAUCAAUAUAACAAUAACUGUUAUAGGGACUCUUUCUACCUCUGCUUGCUGAACAGCGGAACCAGUUUUUUAGGUGGGUUUGCCAUUUUCUCUGUUCUGGGACACAUGGCACAGGAGCAGGGGGUGGACAUAUCCCUUGUGGCCGAGUCUGGUCCAGGACUGGUGUUUAUAGUGUAUCCUCAGGCGGUGACAAUGUUGCCAUGGUCUCAGUUCUGGGCUGUGUGUUUCUUUAUCAUGAUCAUCCUCUUGGGCUUGGACAGCCAGUUUGUUGGAAUUGAGAGCAUAAUGACGUCAGUGACAGACAUCUUUCCCACGACGUUGAGACGUGGCUUUAGAAGAGAGCUGCUGCUUUUAGGGAUUUGCCUUGUCUGCUACCUGAUGGGCCUCUUCAUGAUCACAGAGGGUGGUCUGUACAUCAUUCAGUUGUUUGAUCAUUACGUGUGUAGUGGAGCCACUCUCCUGUUCCUGGCUACUUGUCAGUCUGUGGCCAUUGGCUGGGUAUAUGGUGCUGACCGAUUCUAUGAGAACAUAGAAGACAUGAUUGGCUACAAACCCUGGCCCAUGAUGAAGUACUGCUGGCUCUAUGUCACCCCCUCUGUCUGCGUAGGCACCUUUAUCUUCUCUCUGGUCAAGUACAGUCCCCUGAAGUUUAAUAACACAUAUAUGUAUCCGUGGUGGGCAUACGGUAUUGGCUGGUUCCUCGCAGUAUCCUCUCUCUCUCUCAUCCCCAUUAACAUGAUUUACAAACUCUACAAGGGAAAGGCUUUCUGGGAGCGUCUCCAGAUGGCAUGCACUCCAGCAGAGGAUCUACCUCAGUCUCAGAGACCCUCAGCACAUCAUUAUACUCUGUCAUCCUGUACAGACAGAGAAAAGACCCCAGACAACCUUUAAUGUUCAACUGCCAUUACGCCAAUUGUACCUAUAUAUUAAAUAGCAGUUAGUUCAGUCAAUUAGUCCUAAUGAGAAAAUUUAUUAAGUUUUUCAUUUUGAAAUUAGUUACAGUAUGUGGCCUAGUGGAAGUUAAACUAAUAUUAAAAAGGCAAAAGUUUAACGUAAAACAACAGCUGACACAACUGCAUAUAUCCUUCCUUCUGCAUAAAGCAAGUUAAUAGUGCCUUGUUUUGUAUAAAACAUUUAUUUAUGGACUGUAAUCUAUUAGUGCUGUUUGUGAACCCUCCUUUUUACAAAAUACUUUUAAAAAAAGCAAUGAUUAUUUGUUUCACAGCAAACACUGAAUCUCGCUUUUUCAGAUGCAGAUUCUUUUACUAUACAAACACAUACUGUACAUAAGUGCAAACUGCCUUAAAGCAGAGCGGCCAUGACGAACAAAGCAGUCAUGCAUUUUGACAGUUGGGUAUUCUCAGGGAACAGCUUAUUAGAGAGUUUUAUUAUGAUUUUCUCAUGCAAGUUAACCUGCUAUGAGAUAGAUUGAGCCUUCAGGCACUGUUUAUUGAUAUUUCUUUCAGUUUCUUUCAGUGAUAUUCAGUGUUUCACAUACCUUGAGGGCAUUAUGUAAAAUGUGCUUAAUCAGCACCAAGGUUUUUGGAAAAUACAAGUCAUGGACAUGGAGAUUUAUGUAUUUUUAUAGUUGUAUGUUGUCUUUAUAAUAUUUUUUAAACUCAUAUUCAAGUAUCUUUUUUUUAGAUUUAUUAUACAUAUAAAACAAAAACAGUAUAAAUGUAAUAAAAAAAAAAAGUAAACAUGUAUCAGAAUAUGUAGUGGGGGAAUCUUUUUAACAUCCUUCAGAUUAGUCUGUAAAUCAUAUGUAUCUUUAUUUAUAUAGAAGUGUGUUUCAUGCAUUUUAAAGAGACUAUGUACAGACAAUGUACUUUCUGUCUGGUCAUUUUCCCAAUCUCCCAGAUAAUAAAAAGCAAUGCUUUCAAAUAAUUUAUAGUACUCAUAGAAAACAAACACCCAUUUUUAGGCUCCAACAAUAAUAGGAUUUUGUGGGUCAUAACCUCUAUGGCUUUGUUUACUUUUUUCCAUAGACACAGAUUAAGCUUAAUCCAGGAUAGCUGCAUUCUGAAAUGUGGGUUUUCCAUAAAAAUCCUUUGAAGUCUAGGAUCAUAAAACAUCUGUCCAGAAAACCGGGAUUAUGGUGAUAUUGGUUCCAACUGAUGUUGUUAUGCCAAAAAAGGUCACUGCUAGGCCAUGUUGUGUGUACUAUUUCUGUUUAACCCUUUUUAAAGCUUUUUGCCUAACAUUUACUCAAUAUACAGUUUUAAAUAUUGAAUAAUUAGCAUAAUUACCAGUAGUUAGAAAAGACAAUGAUUUAUGAUUGCGUAUUCUGUUGGUGACCUUGUGCUGUGCCACGAGUAUGCUUUAUUUCUAUAAUUGAUAUGAGAAAUUGUAUGAUCAAGUUUCCUCUUGUUCUUUUUCAAAGAAAGAAUUUAAAAUCUAUGAGAAACUAAUGCAGUGUGUGACUGUGCUGAAAUCAUGAUUGUCAUCUCCAAUUACAUCUCCAAAUAAUUCUUAACCUUUCUGUGUCAUUUGGUGUAAUGUAAAGGAAUGUACACAUUAAAUUGACA